CUGACUGCUCCCGCGUGAGCGAGCCGCGGCAGAAUAAGCAGUUUCCAGCUGCUGGGAUUCAGAUGCGUAGACUCCUACAAGACAAAGAGGUGCCCUGCCAGGCCUCAGAUUUCCCUUAGCCCUUGCCUCCCGUGGCUCAGUGGCUGGCGAGACCUCGAGAUGCAGGCCGAGUCCCUCUUGCACAGUGGCUACUUUCACCCCACCCUCCGCUUGUGGCAGGCGACGGCCGCUAGCUUCCGCGCAGCCAACCUCAUCUACCCCAUCUUUGUGACGGACAGCCCAGAUGCCGUGGAGCCCAUUGCCAGCCUGCCUGGUCAAGCCCGUUAUGGGGUCAACAGGCUGGAGGAGAUGCUGCGUCCCCUUGUGGCUGAUGGCCUGAAGUGCAUUCUGAUUUUUGGGGUCCCAAGCCGAGCCGUCAAGGACGAGCGUGGAUCUGCGGCCGAUGCCAAGGACACCCCUGUGAUCCAGGCCAUUGCCACGAUCCGUGCCUUGUUCCCUGAGCUGCUGAUCGCCUGCGACGUCUGCCUGUGCCCUUACACCUCCCACGGGCACUGUGGCAUUCUUCGGGAAGAUGGCACCCUCCAGAACGAGACCAGCUGCCAGAGGCUGGCUGAGGUGGCUCUGGCCUAUGCCAAGGCAGGAUGUCAUAUCGUGGCCCCCUCGGACAUGAUGGACGGGCGCAUUGGCGCCAUCAAGCAGGCCUUGGUCUCCAACGACUUGGGCAACAAGGUUUCCGUCCUGAGCUACAGUGCCAAGUUUGCUUCCUGCUUCUACGGCCCCUUCAGAGAUGCAGCCCAGUCCAAGCCUGCUUUUGGAGACCGGCGGUGUUACCAGCUCCCUCCGGGGUCGCGGGGCUUGGCCUUGAGGGCUGUGGACCGAGACGUGCGGGAGGGAGCAGACAUGCUGAUGGUCAAGCCAGGAAUGCCUUACCUUGAUCUCGUGCGGGAGGUGAAGGGAAAGCAUCCCAACCACCCGCUGGCCGUCUACCACGUCUCUGGAGAGUUUGCCAUGUUGUGGCACGGAGCGCAAGCUGGGGCCUUUGACCUGAAGGCUGUGGUGAUGGAGGCCAUGGCUGCAUUCAGAAGAGCAGGGGCUGAUAUCAUCAUCACCUACUACGUGCCUCAGCUGCUCCAGUGGCUGAAGGAAGAACAGGCCUGAGCCAUCGCUUUCCUGGGAACAAAGAUGGCCGGAAUAAGAAUCCCAGAAGUGUCUUGAAAGUUGUGGAACGGACCAUGCAGAUGGUUGGGGGGGGCAAUUAUAGUAUCAACCCCCCCUCACAUGCUUUUACUCUAAGGGUGCCCAUCUCCAAGAACAGACUCCAUGGUCCCUUAGCAUUCCAGGCCCGGAGCUAGGAUUUCUUUUAAUUCUCAACCAAGACGCCUUUUUAAAUAUAUGCGAUGUUUUUUUAAAAAAUGUUGCGAGAAAGGAAUAGUUGAACCUAAAUCAAGUUAGAUAUUCAGUAAAGUGAUUUACGGCUUGGGAAAGAACGCUUUGGUGAAAGAUCCCCCAAAGAGGUGCCCUGGAGCUCUGUGAGGCAAUGGGGCAGAGGGGGAUGCUUGUUGGUGCUGCAAGGACCCCGGGACACUGUCCCAGCUGCUUCUCCACAUUAAUGCCAUGGGCUAGGGGUGUUGUCAUGCCGUCCCACAGCUGUAAUUGGGGUCAAGAACCAGCUACUACUCCCCAAGCCUCACCCAAAAGCCAUGAUGCAUACCCACACCUUCCCAGCAGCCUCAGCUUUUGUAGCUGGAGUCAGUCAGGACCGCCACACUCCUGGGCCAGAUGGAGACAGGCAGCAAGGCAACAGAGAGCGCAGAUCCUCUGGGACUCUCAACCAAGAUGGCACCUUCUUUAACUUGAUGCAAGGCAGGUGAAAUUCACAGGCAAAUCUUUACCUGUGUGCUUCCUUCCCAUUCUGGAAAUAGCAACAUGCCUAUACCUUGUGGAGCUCUUUAGGGUGCAGGAGCCCCACCAGGAAAAAAAGCAAAACAAGAAGGGAGCCUGGUUUGCAGUCUCUGCCCUCUCCUGAUUUGCACAGGUGACGGUCCCUAGCUGCUCGGGAAGAGUGGGGCGGAAACCCCUGACCUCCUCCUGUGCUUUGGCAUAACAGGAGGCUGUGCCACUUCCCGACUGAAUGCUUCUCCUCUCCAUCGCCCACGUCUUGCUGCUUUUAUCAGCCCAGGAGCCAGACCUGCUGACAUGCAUGGCAACCCUCCUGAUUUUGGCCCGUGAAGCUGGGAAGUAAUCAUCAGUACACCUCUUGGAGCAUAAAUAAACUUUCUGAUGUUUCCUGGAAAGAAAUGGUUACUUGGUGGUGGAGGGGGGGAAUAUUAGAACAAAAUACAUAGGCUACAGAAGAAAGGGGGUUGAGGGGGAACAAGCAGGAAGUGCUGCCAAGCUGGUGUUUUUAAAAGGAAUGUCCCCUUCAGUGUGCAAGUAUGUGUUGAAUGUGUUUCAGCCAUGUUAGCCCUUGCCUUCCCUCUCUCUGUGGUCUGUGUUGUAGAGAGAGUGUACAAGGCGGCUGGCAUGAAAUUGGUUUGAUAUAAAGCAAGGUAGUAAUGGCAUGGGGGAAACUAGAAGGAUGUUCAGGCAGGACGACCCCAGCAGCAGUUUCUAAGAAGGCCGCCUUGGAUGAUAAACACAAGUUUGUGCCCUGCCAGCUUUCAAGUGCUGAGCAAGCCAUAGAGCCUCACUGCAGAGAGAAUCUGAAGGCAGGAGGACCCUGUUGCCAUUGGGAUUUGGGGGGGGGGUAUAACAUAUCAGUGUGGAAUCCUGCCACUCCCCACACCCACCAGUGCUCUACAUCAGAACUUAGCAAAUUUGAAGGAGGGUUUUUAAUGUUUUAAAAAAUCUAUUUUGAAUGGCAAAAGAGGCUGAGCCAGGGGCAUAAUGGUCACUGGCAUAAACCACAUUCACAUGUUCACAUGACAUGACAGUCCUUAAAGCAGUUGUUCUCGAACUUUAUCUGGGCCACACUUUCAGAAUAAAAAUUUGCUUGCACCAUACCCAAUUUUGUAUUGAUAAGACAUACGUCGGAAAACAGAAAGAACGCCUAGCUGUGCUUGAUUUUGGGGGGGAAAUCCAAACAGUAUUCUGCAAAUAAAGCAUUUUGAUACUACACUGCA